AUGUCCUCCCUAUUCCCCGUGUUCCUCCUACUGGUGAUAACAGCAGGCUUAAUGACCGCCACGGCGCUGUUCAUUCCAAAAGGUCCUAAUCAAGUUGUGAUACGAACAGCCCUCAUGGUCGGACUAGCGGCGUUUUAUUUGUUGUGGAUGAUCACAUAUAUGGCCCAGCUUCAUCCUCUUAUUGGUGAGUCCCCUCCUUCACGGUGCUGGUUGAGGUGUGGUGUUGAUGGGAUGGGUGUUUGUAUAGCGCCUGUAAGGACGGUUGGGAACCAUUGA